UAUCUUCAUUGCCCUUCUCUCCCUUUCUUUCAUCCUCACGUCCACCCUUUUUGGUUUUGUCAACUCAACGUUGGUUUCGUGAAAACGUACGGAUCGCGUGUGACCAGGCAGCGCGAUGCUCGAAGGAUUCGCGAUAGCGCGGAGCACGAUAAUAGGAAUCGUGGCGUUACUGAUCGGAUUUAACAGCCAUGAUCAUGCAUGCAAAGGAUUGCAAUAUCAACCGGUUGAGAUUUAUGGAAACGCCGAGGAAUGUGCUUUGAUCCUAGAUGGUCCUGGCAGGACUAGCGUUUUCGAUUACACUUAUAAUUUACUUCGAGGAAAUUUUCCACCUACUGCGGGAUCGCAGACCUGUAUCACCUACGAUGCCGUUAAUCAUGCCUAUAUCGAGGCGAGGAAACGCAUCAACGUCGCAAAGCCUAAACACGAAAUCUGGAGACCCGAGGAUCUGGCUACGGUCGGUGAACUCUUACUUGACAUAUCAACUAAUUUAGCUCAAAUAUACGGCUUGACAUUUGAGGAUAUUGAGAAAAAUCUUCCAUUAAUCGAUACAUCGAAAACAUUGAUACGCGAGAUAUGUCCCGCUUUUCUAAGCAACGUCGAAUGUCGACCGGGAAAAUAUCGAAGAUACGAUGGGCUAUGUACAAAUUUACAAAAUCCAACAUGGGGUUCAACUUUGUCGCCAUUCACAAGAUUAAUGCCACCACGAUUUUCCGAUGGUAUAUCAGCACCUAGGAUAGCCGUAAGUGGACGAGAAUUACCAUUGUCCAGAAUAGUAUCCCGUACGAUGCAUCCAGAUGAGGGAUAUCACGAUCAUGCUGGUACUGUCAUGGUGAUAGCCUGGGGCCAAUUCAUGGAUCAUGAUUACACGCUUACUGGAACGCCCUUAGAUCCUCUAAAUCGUAAUGAUCCGGAAGAAUGUUGUUCUCGUCCACCACAUUUGAAGAAUCCAUAUUGCAACGAGAUACAUAUACCAGAGGACGAUUACUUCUACAGAUUGUUUAACGUUCGAUGUAUGGACUUUGUACGAGCGUUUCCAGCAGUCCGACCAGGAUGUCGUCUUGGAUCACGUAUACCUUUCAAUUUGUUAACCGGAGUUUUGGAUGGAAAUACCGUUUACGGUAUUACGGAGAAUUUUUCUAGAAAACUCCGAAGCGGUUAUGGCGGAUUGUUAAGAAUGAAUCCAGUUUUUAAUGAGUACGGAUUGAAAGAUCUAUUGCCAUUGAAAUUAGAUAUACCAGACGAAGGAUGCACUCGUCCGAACAAAUCGAUGUACUGUUUCGAAGCAGGUGAAAUUAGAGUUAACGAGCAAUUGGUAUUAACGUGUAUGCAUACGUUGGUAGCAAGGGAACACAACAGGAUUGCUAAAAUACUCACUCGUAUUAAUCCUCAUUGGGAUGACGAGACGUUGUUCCAGGAAUCAAGACGCAUAGUCAUCGCUGAAAUCCAACAUAUCACUUAUAAUGAAUUCCUCCCGAUACUUUUGGGAAAAGAUGUUAUGGAGAAGUUUGGACUUCUUCUUGAGAAAAACGUAUAUUGGGAUGGAUACGAUCCAACAGUAAAUCCUGGUGUUAUCGAUGCAUUCGCCGCUGCUGCAUUUAGAUUUGGACAUUCUUUGCUACCAACUGCGGUCGAACGUUGGAGCAAAGCUCAUAAAUUUAUUGCUUCGAAAAGAUUAUCAGAUCUAAUUAGAAGACCGUACGAUCUAUAUCGCGCUGGAGUUUUGGACGAAUACUUUAUGGGAUUAAUGAAUCAAGUUGCCCAAGCUAUGGACGAUUCGAUAACACAAGAAGUGACAAAUCAUUUGUUCAAAAAGGUUGGUGCAAAGUUCGGAAUGGAUUUGGUAUCAUUCAAUAUGCAACGUGGAAGAGAAUUUGGUAUACCGAGUUACAUGGACUUCCGAAAAUAUUGUGGAUUACCCGAGGCUAAGACCUUCGACGAAUUGUUCGGAUCCAUGCCAAACGAGACUAUUGGACGGUAUAGCUCCAUUUUCGAACAUCCAGCGGACGUAGAUUUGUGGUCCGGUGGUGUAUCAGAGCGACCACUUCCGGGUAGUAUGCUUGGCCCAACUUUUGCCUGUGUAAUCGCUACGCAAUUUAGCCAUUCACGACGUGGUGACAGGUUUUGGUACGAAUUACCGAACCAACCAUCGUCCUUCACUCUCGAUCAACUCAAUGAAAUUCGUAAAACGAAACUUGCUAAAAUGAUAUGCGACAACACAGACCUGAUAGACACCAUACAAAUAUAUCCAAUGGUUCUGCCUGAUCAUGAAAUCAAUCCACGAGUACCAUGCCGUAGUGGUGUAUUACCAAGUAUAGACCUGAGCAAAUGGGCCGAGUUUCCAACGAGCCAUUCAACGCAAUAUCGUUUGGUGGAGGAACGUUUGCUUGACGUGCCGGGACGUCCGGCGAAUGCGGACACGGUACGGGACCACUACGAGAAACAGGACGCUUUGCGAAUCUUCUUUGAGAGUAUUAACGGCAUUGCUUCGUAUCUGGGCAUCACGAGAAAGUAAUGCGCGCGCGCACAAGCACACCAGAGAUGGGCCCAUCUACUGAUAAUCAUUUCGCAAAAAAAAAAAGAAAAAGAAAAAGAAAAUGAAAAUGAAAAAGAACAAUGAAA